UAUGCGUUUACUCAUGGUCUCCCGCUAUAGAGCCCAACACGGACUAGCUACAGUAGUAGAUAGCAUGUGGGAGUCGAUACAUGCCCUUCGUUGUGGACUUCUUGUGCCUUCAAGAUGCAAAUUGCAAGCGGACCCAGUCAAGUUAUGUGUUCCUAUUCCACUAUGUAGGCAGGCAAGCAAGGACUCUUCUUCACCUCGACAAUUCACCUGAGACAGCCAGUAUUUAACUUCUUCAUUUGUCUCGAACAUUCCAUUGAGUUCUUUUUUAGCACCUGCAAAAAAAUUAGAAUGCACUGGGGCUGAAUGUAGUAGCCCUCUCUCAUUGCGUGUAGUUGCCAUGUAAA